UUGAUUAUCCGCCGCUGCUUACUGGCCGUGUAUUUCUCUCCUUCAAGUUCGACCCGCAGUCAAAGUGCGCGGCUGUAUUUUUCUUUUGCGUGACAUAACCGUGAGUGGUAUUCUAUCGACGCCGUCUGAUAGAAAAUAAUUUUCCUUUAUUUGUAUUAUUUAUUUAAUUUAUUCCUCGACUUUUCCCGGAACCAUCUCUCCCAUCUUAUUGAUCGCAGCGGAGGGAAUAUUUUAUAUUAAAUUAAACCUCUGACCGUUUGAUCCGUGUGAGGUGGUUGGUCGCGUCGCAUAGCAUAAAAAAUUCAAUUUACGUAACCUGAUUUCAACCCCGACUGCCAUUGGCUUCCUGUGUCGUUGACGUUUGUUCGCGCGUUGUUCUGCGUGUGAUCUGCUUGCUAUUGACCGUCAGAUUCGGGAUCCUUGUGUGCACGGUGUAUCGGUGAUUAUCCGGGGAUAACGCAAAAACCGAAAAGUGUGAGGAAAUUCGGGAUGAACAUGCCGUGUGUGAUGGAGACGCUGGCAUCGUGAAGGCAGUGAGUCACGACCCGUCAAGAAGCGUUAUUUCGAGGAAUUGGCCCACACGAGGAUGGAGCGCUGCUGGCUCAUGGCGUGUCAUACCGGUGAUAUGAAUGUCGAUGUGACGGUUGAGAAGGGAGAAUUUGUCCGUUUGUGAUUGACGCAAGGAUUUUGAAUGGUGGAGGAUAAGAAAGAGAGUUUCAAUCAUGUUCUUCCCACUUCACUGUCCCCCCUGCACCAGCCCCCUGUGAAACCCCCGACAAUGGGCUCCCUCCCCAACGUCCCCACGGACUUCCCCCCGUAUCCCCCUCUGGCCCUCCCCCUGCCCCCCUCGGCACCCCUGGAGACGUCCUGGCCAUUGGCCCGCCUGCCUCUCUCCUUCGCCUACCCGUCGUCUUCCCAGCCGGAACCGGUGCCUUCCCUCAGCAUGCUUCCUUUGACACCGCUGACCACCAGCGCCGGCGACACCUACUUCCUCCCGCCGGCCGCCAUGGUCCCGCGCUACCCGCGGCCCACCACCAUCCCGUUGCCCAGUUGGCCGGAACCCGUACUGCCGGGGAGCAUCUCGGCCUACUCCUCCCCGGGGGAUCCGCGGACCCUCACCCACCCGGUGCACGUCCGCUGCGCGUUGCCGGUGUCCCUACCCUCCCCCGCCGGGGGGUUUGUGCGGCCCUAUCCGGCCAUCUACCCGGUCCUCCCGGGUCCCAACCCCUUCAUCGUCCUCCCGGUGCAGAUGACGACGUGGCCGGUGGUGACCACGGCCCCGGCGCCCCAUCCCCCGCCGGAGCAGGUGAUGUUCUGGCAGCCGGUGGUGGUGGCGGAGGGGAUGGGGGGUGGGGCGUUGUAUCCGCCCGUGCCGCAGUUGCGCACCAGUCCCUUCCAGCUGCCGGAUGCCGGACCGGUGCAUGUCAGUCAGGAGAGCGGGCGGUUGGAGCAGGAGAAGGACGAGAAUGGGGAAGGCGAGGAGAAGGGGGUGCCGUUCUUCCGCUCGGUGGAAAAUCCGCUGCGUAAGCUGUCGUUCGAUCUGAUUAAGACCUACCGGCAGAUCAAUCAGGUUUAUUAUGAUCAGAAAUACGCCAGCCAAGGACCGGCAGUGCCUGAUUUGUUGGGUAGCGAAGUCGUGGAUCCCAUGUGUUCGUUGAUGGAUGGCUCGAUGCAUGGUGAUUUAAUUUCAUUGGGCCACAAUGGCCUUUCCGUGCCUCCUCCCCUCCACUGUGCCUCGGAGCCACUCCCGCCACCUCCCGCCCGGCCCCCUCCCCCGCAGCCGGCCGCCCUGCAGCCCAGCGCCCCGCCUGCCUCCGAACCACUCCCCAAUCUGACCUCGGAGGCGCUGCGCCUGGUGGAUCUGGCGGCGGGGAUGACGCGGCCGCCGCCGGUGACACGUGAGAUCAUCUUCAAUGGAGGUUUCGACGACGCCAAUCACGAUUACAUCAUCUGUGUGGGUGAGCGCUUCAUGGAGCGGUAUGAAGUGCACGGAUUAAUCGGUAAAGGAUCGUUCGGACAGGUUGUCAAGGCCUUUGAUCACGUGGAGCAGACAUUUGUGGCCAUUAAGAUCAUUAAGAACAAGAAGCCCUUCCUCCUGCAAGCCCAAGUGGAAGUCAAACUGCUGGAGAUGAUUAAGCGCCAUCAAGGGGAUUCCAAAUUCGGCAUCGUGUCGAUGAAGAGCGAAUUCAUGUGGAAGAACCAUCUGUGUCUGGUGUUCGAGCUGCUCUCCUACAACCUGUACGAUCUCCUGCGUAAAUCCAACUUCCGCGGCGUCUCCCUCAACCUGACGCGGAAAUUCGCCCAGCAGCUGCUCAGCUCCCUCAUGUUCCUCUCCUCGCAGGAACUGCAGAUCAUCCACUGCGAUCUCAAACCGGAAAACAUCCUGCUGUGCAAUCCCAAGAAGAGCCUGAUCAAGAUCAUCGAUUUCGGCUCGUCGUGCCAGAUGGGCCAGCAGUUCUACAACUACAUCCAGUCGCGCUUCUACCGCGCCCCGGAAGUCCUGCUGAAUCUGCCGUAUGAUCUGGCCAUCGAUAUCUGGGCGCUGGGCUGUAUCCUAGUGGAGAUGCACACCGGGGAGCCGUUGUUCUGCGGCGCGGAUGAGGUCGACCAGAUGAAUAAGAUUGUGGAGGUGUUGGUGCCGCCCAAGAAGAUGCUGGAUAAGAGUAAGAAGGCCACCAAGUUCUUUAUGCUGGCGCCGGACGGGUCGUAUAUUCCACUGCCCAGGGAUGGGAAAAAGUAUUUGCCACCGGGAUCACGAUCUCUGGACAAAAUCCUCGGCGUGGAGACAGGUGGGCCGGGAGGUCGGCGUGCGGAAGAACCGGGUCACUCGUCGCUGGAUUACAUCCGGUUCCGUGAUCUGGUACUAAAGAUGCUCCGCUAUGAGCCGUCCCACCGACUGAUCCCCAUGGAGGCGCUUUCGCAUUCCUUUUUCCGAAGAACCGGCGAGGAAAUGAUGACAUCCUCCGGCUACUCCUUCAGCGGACUGAACCUGUCAUCGCCCGGCAACGGGCCGAGCGGGAGCAGCAGCGGCGGCGGGGACGUGGUGAGCCAAGUGGGUGGCGACACGGCAUGGUCCACCUUCCUCACCGAUGCGGUGUGAAAAGGGACCACGCAAACUGUGUUUUUGGGGACGAAUUUGAUCUCAUUUGUUGUGUUAUCGAGAAGCGAGAUUUUGGAUGGAUGGCCGGGGAUCCCCAUCGUUCAAAGCAGUAUUAAAAUGCGUAGUGCCGUCGUGAGUGCGGGAUACGGUCCGAGAGAGAGAUCCGUGUUGUUCAGGGACGGCGGUCGGUGCGCGCGGCUACGCUGUGCGUCGUUUGGUGAAGCGGAGGGGCUACCCGGGACGGUUUGGUGUGUCUUUCGGAAUCUCUCCACUUGCCCGUUUUGUGAUCGUUGGCGUUGAUCUAAUCCAGUGAUGACAGAUUUGCAUAUGGUUAAUGGCUGGCUGUUUCGGAGACCGGUUGAUCAGAUUAUUUUCUCGCCGGAACGAAGAGGAUACCGUGCUGUUGUCCGCUCUCGCAAACUCCUGUUUCCCGGCCAAAGGAGUCUGUCGUUUGUCUCCAUUGAAUCGCUGAUUGCCGUUUGGUGUGCGCUGUUUGCACUGCUCUUUCGCUGAAUGUCGGUAGCGUUUUUUGCUGCUCUACUGGGAUAUGAGACGAAACCGAUAGCGUAUAAAAUUGGAAAUUUUCUGCUUGAAUAAAAAACACCUCCGA